UCAAACAAACAAACAAACUCUUCAGCUUUAUAUAUUAGUAUAGAUUUCCUUAACGUAUUCUCAAUGAAUACGUGAUCUACCAUAUUUUAUUAAUCAAAGUUUACCUAUAUCGUGAACAGACAGGCAUUAAGAACUCGUGUCUUAGCGCCGGUCCUUCAUGAUCUCGGUUUAUAGUUUAUUAAAUAAUUUACAGAACUUGGAAAUCAGUACAAUACUUCAUAUGACUGGUUUAUGGCCAUGAAGGAUCAGUUUAAAAGAUUAGGUAGUGGGGACUCUCCUAAAUAUUCAAAAGACUUACGCGCUUGUGUAGUAAACAUGUCUGCUUUUGAGCCAAUAAAGGUGGAAAAGCUUGAACUGCAAUUGAAAAAGGUGCAGAAAGAACUCCUGUUUGUAAAACGAGGAGGGCGUCAUGCGCCUGCGCACUGCCGCCCUACGCAUCGAGUGGCCAUUAUAAUUCCAUACCGGGAUCGCAGAAAAAACUUGAUAAUAUUACUGCAUUACCUCCAUCCCUUGUUAAAGAAACAGUUGUUGGAUUACAGAGUGUUUGUUGUGGAGCAGUUCGGUAAAGAAAAGUUCAACAAAGGCACAUUAUAUAACAUCGCGUUCCUGGAGAGCCAGCGGUUCGGCAGCUGGGACUGCCUGAUCUUUCACGAUGUGGACCUCAUCCCCGAGGACGAGAGGAUCCCGUACUCCUGCCAGGAGAACCCCACGCACAUGGCAGCAGCUGUCGAGUCCUUUGGUUAUAAACUACCUUACUCGAAAAUAUUCGGCGGCGUGACGUCACUCACUCCAGCACAAUAUGAAGCCGUCAACGGAUACUCCAACUUCUAUUGGAACUGGGGCGGAGAGGACGAUGACGUUCGUGGCAGAAUACUCGCAAAGAACAUCACGAUUUCGAGAUAUGAUCCAUCGAUUGCCCGAUACGCUACGCUGCCACAUCCUUAUAACGAAUGCGGAAGAGAGAGAAUCCUCUUCCUCUUACUAUCGAGACUACGGUACCACAAGGAAGGGCUAUCCACAACCCAAUACAAGAUAAUCAAAGUGUCUGAGAAGAAGCUGUACACCCACAUUUUGGCUGACGUCAACCCCAUGAGGAUCAAACUGGACACGAAGAGUUUGAUGCAGCGGAUCAUAAGGAUGCAUGGAAGGACCAUGACAUACAGCCGACAGGAUUUGAACCUGAAGGCGAUAGCUGCUAGACGUCUGCACAGCAUAUGAAUUCUGGUCGAAAAGAGGUUAAUUUCGGGUAACUUAAUAUCUCGAAAGACCUUGUUACUCUGGUAAUAGUAGAAAAAGUAGUAUUUCUACAACAGUCUUCGUUCGGUCUGAAGUUUAUUUUCUCGUCGUUUAACAGAAAUAAAUGUUUUUACCAUGUAUUGAGUUAUUUUAUUUUACAAAGAGAUUAAAAAGACAACUUAAUUCCUGCCAAAGCCGGAAAACGUCUCCAUGAGGCUGGCAGCAUUGCCACGUUGAAUGGCAAUUAUAAUUCUUUGAGCACGCGCUUUCCGAUCUUUUUUCCAAGAUUUUCUUUGAAUGCAUUUAUGGUUACCUAUCAGGUAAAAAGUAGAUUAUCACACCUUCAGACUUUAUCUUCGGUUUUUCUUCCGAAAAAUUGUUUGUUGGAGUUAAACUGUAUAGCCUAGAAUAAAGUAAAUGCUAGGUCUGUACUAAGACCUUUUUGUAAAUAAUUUUCUUGAAAGAGGUUAUAAAAACUUAGCUGUUUCUAAUGACGAGCUAUGUAAACAUGAACUGACAUUAAAAUUGACAGAAGUUGCAUAAAUUUGUAAACUGUAAAAAAUAUUUUUGUAUUCUCAAUUGGAGGCUGUGUAAAAUUGUCUAAGGAGCCAAGACUCACUAUUUUUAAGGCUUGCUUUACCUAAAGUCAUGAAUAACAUAAACGCGGAGGAAACGAGAAGCAGCUGCCAGACCUUCGGGAUCCUCUUCGGCUUCGGUUGUGCCAAAGAUGGCUACAACAUCCACUGCACCAGACGACGAUGGCUCUUCGUCCUAUCACUGUUGUUCUUGCUCCAAUGUUACUUCAAUGUGUCCGUCUAUCUGAACUUGCUCCAAAGUGCUGGGAUCGACAGACUGUACUAUUUCAACGCCUGGCCAAACGCCUCUGAAGAAAUUGAGAAUAAAAGUGUUGAAUAUUAUAAAUAUCCUAUCAUAAUCAACUCAUCCGGUAUAUCUAUGUCGUUUGAAGAAUCGUUUAACUCCUCAUAUUACUGGUUCGUAGCAAUGAAGCCAUGGUUUAAAUAUAUGGGUGAUGACGACUCUCCGA